GAUGGCAGCAGCGCACUGAGAAAUGCACUCGUACCGUCAGCGGAUCCCGCGAGGAAGGACGCGGUGUGGGUGGGAGUAAAGAUGGCGGCCUCCUUGGUUAGGUUUGUCCGCAGCGGUUUUGGAAGAAGUCUGAACGUUGCUAGACAGAGUGCUGCCAUUGUCCAGACAAGAACAACGACAACUGAAACCAGACCUACUGUGAGGCCCAAGGAUCCAGUCACACACACUCAGCUGUCAGAGUUUGGAGAAUACAUCGCAGAGAUUCUCCCCAAAUAUGUGCAACAAGUUCAGGUGACCUGCUUUAAUGAGCUGGAGGUAAUGAUCCACCCAGAAGGGAUUAUACCUGUUCUUACCUUCCUGAAGGAUCACACAAACUCUCAGUUCAACAACAUGAUUGACCUCACAGCCGUGGAUGUCCCUACAAGGCAGUACCGCUUUGAGAUUGUGUAUAAUCUGCUGUCCCUGCGCUAUAAUUCUCGUAUCCGAGUGAAGACCUACACUGAUGAGCUGACUCCUCUUGACUCCUCUGUGCCUGUGCACCAGGCAGCUGACUGGUAUGAGAGAGAGAGCAAUUGCAGUUUUGUUUUUUAUUUUAUUUUUUUUAUAAAAUGUGAAACAUUACUGGGUGUGUUGAUUCUUCUUCGUCAGGUACGUUAUGAUGAUGAAGUGAAGCGGGUUGUGGCUGAACCUGUUGAGCUCGCCCAGGAGUUCCGUAAGUUUGACUUGAACAGUCCAUGGGAAGCGUUUCCCGCAUACCGCGAGCCUAAAGACGCUCCUAAACUGGAAUCUGGGGAUAAACCAGCAAAGUAACCCCCCCUCUGUGCUCUGACCCUUGAGAGUUGUACUCAUACCCUCAGAUAAAUCCUCAGAACGUAUUUAUGUAAAUAAGACCCUGUGCUACAUCUAAAUAAAACAAUGAAAACCG